GGCUGUUGAUAGAAUUGAUGAAGACCCUAAUUUGGUUCAUAUGGAAGUCCAGGAUCCAAAUGGAGGUUUUUACUACAUGGCCUGCCAGUUUCAGAAUUGUUCUGAAAAAUCACUGAAAUCUCCCUUCAAUGGUAGGAUUGACAAGAAUUCCUUGACAGUUCAGGAUGACUACAUAUUCCUUCAGGUGUCCUCAGGAAACCAAACAAAAUACUAUGUUUCUUAUCGUCGGAAUGAAUUUAUACAGAUGAAAUUGCCAAAGUAUGCGUUAGCCAAGGAUUUGCAGAUUAUCAGCACUGAUGAGAGCCAGGUGUUUAUAGCUAUCCAGGAAUGGUAUCAGAUUGACACAUAUAACCUCUAUCAGUCUGACCCACAGGGCAUCUCCUAUUCCAUUGCAUUAGAGAAUGUCAGGAGUACCAAGCAACCCGAGGAGAAUGUAUUAAUAGAUAUUUUGGAGGUUAAAGGUGUCAAAGGAGUGUUUUUGGCCAAUCAGAAAAUAAAUGGAAAAGUUACCACUCUUAUAACGUUCAAUAAAGGCCGUAACUGGGAUUAUCUAAUGCCUCCAGCUACUGAUAUGAAUGGUAAACCAACUGACUGCAAACCACCUGAUUGCCACCUUCAUCUCCAUCUGCGGUGGCCGGACAAUCCAUAUGUGUCAGGGAUGGUUCAUACUAAGGAUACAGCACCAGGACUCAUAAUGGGAGCAGGAAAUCUGGGUGCCCAGCUUGUGGAAUAUAAGGAAGAAAUGUAUAUAACAUCUGACUGUGGCAAAACAUGGAGACAGGUUUUUGAAGAAGAGCAUCAUAUCCUGUAUCUGGAUCAUGGUGGUGUGAUUGUGGCCAUCAAAGAUACAUCUAUUCCUCUGAAAAUACUCAAAUUCAGUGUAGAUGAAGGUCAAACUUGGAGCACUCAUAAUUUCACAAGUAUCUCAGUGUAUGUGGAUGGCCUACUUAGUGAACCUGGGGAUGAGACAUUAGUCAUGACAGUGUUUGGACACAUCAGCUAUCAGUCAGACUGGGAGCUAGUGAAGGUAGAUUUCCGUCCAUCUUUUUCCCAAGAAUGCACUGAUGAAGACUAUGAAUCAUGGGACCUGACAAAUCUGCAGGGUGACCGUUGCAUAAUGGGCCAACAGAGAACCUUUCGGAAGAGAAAGAAUUCAUCAUGGUGUAUUAAAGGAAAAAACUUUAUGUCAGCACUUUCUUCUAAAGUUUGUGAAUGUAGUUCUUCUGAUUUCUUAUGUGAUUAUGGAUUUGAACGUUCACUGCCAAAAUCAGAGCCCAGCACAUGCUUUGCUGACUUUUGGUUUAACCCUAAAGCCCCUCCUGAAGACUGUAUUGCAGGGCAGUCCUAUAGAAGUAGCACAGGAUACCGUAAAGUUAUAUCUAAUGUAUGUAAAGGAGGUGUGGAUUUACAGAAAAAUUCUUCUCAACACGUGUGUCCACUGACUGCUCCCAAAGGAUUGCAGAUCAGCAUUAAAGGGGAAAGCCUUGCCAUUAAGCCAGGAGAAUAUGUCACCUUUGUUGUCAAACAAAAUCAGGGAGAUACUUUAAACACCAAAUACCAAGUGAACUUUGGAGAUGGCAUUAAGGCAAAUUAUAUGAACCUGACAUUGAUAAGUGAAACCUUUCAACACCAUUAUGAAAAUCCUGGGGUUUAUCGUGUCUCUGUGGUGGCAGAGAAUGCUGCUGGCCAAGAUGAAGCAGUUACAUUUAUUCAGGUUCAUUCUCCACUGCAGGCUUUACAUCUUGAAGUAGUUCCUGUUAUUGGCAGAAACCAGGAGGUGAAUCUGACAGCCAUCAUCCUGCCAAAGAACUCUAACUUUACACUUUUUUACUGGUGGAUUGGAAACAAUCUUCAGCCAGUUCUUUCACUGGAAAAUUUCUUGGUAACCAGUUUUGCUGAAGCAGGCAAAGUCAGAGUUACAGUUCAAGCUUCUUGUGGAAAUUCCAUGCUCCAGGAUUCCAGGAUUAUCCAGGUUUUGGAUCAUUUUCAAGUACUUCCAUUGAGGUUUUCUGAACAUCUAGAUUUAUACAACCCAAACAUACCUGCCUGGCGGGCGGAUGUUGGUCAUGUGGUAACACAACGGAUUGCCCAGGAAACAGGCUUACCCGAAGAAAGUCUUGUGACUGUGAUAAAACCUGGGCUACCCACCACUGCUGACUUUUAUGUGCUUCUGACUACAAACCAUCCUCAAGGAAAGAAAACUGUAUUUAGUGAUAAGCGAAUAGCUGCUAUUAAGCAAUCUCUAAAUGCCCAAAACAUCAGUUUCUUCAUGAGAGGAGGAAAAUGGGUUCUUGUGAUGUUAGGUAGCUCUGAUUCAGAUUCUCAGAACAUCAGAGGAGGCAAUGGGUACUGGGCGAUAAUGGCUCUCUUUGUCAUUUCACUUGUGGUUAUAGGAGCUAUCAUCCUCUACAAGUUUAAAAGGAAAUUACCAGGGAGAAGUGUCUAUGCUCAGAUGCAAAAUGAAAAAGAACAAGAGAUGACCAGCCCUGUAAACCACAGAGAAGACACCCAAAAUACCCAGGGGGAGGAAUUCAUUGAUGAUGACCUUGAUUGUCAAACACUAGGAAAUGCAAGAGUGACUCCUUCUGGGAGAGGUGGAAACUUGAACAGCUACAGAGUUCCCUUAUUGCUGAUGGCAGUCAGUGUCCAGUCCCAGGCAAUCUCUCAGGCAUGGUUCUGAGCAUUAGUUCCAGGGAAAUGCACAGUUACCUGGUUAGCUGAUACAACUGAACCUAAACACAAGAAUCUUCUACUGUGGGUCUCUCCUUUCCUCUCUGAAGAAUACACUACUAGUGGGAAGGAGACUGUUUCGAAGAUACAAACAGCCAUGCAUUACUUGGAAAACGAGAUAAUAUGCUUUGUGUUCAUGGCUGCUGACCUCAGACUAAGAUAGCAGAUCUGUAGCCCUAGGCAUGUUUGCAACCACCUUGUCUGUCUCUGGGUCCCUUGGGUUAUUUAUGUCCACUUAAUCAAACUCAUUUCAGACUUCGUUCACUGUGGUGGCAUCAGGCUGCCAUUCUUAAGGCAUGAAGACUAGUUUUAAAAUAGUUGAAGCAGAAAUGGGUGAAUAUUUGGGAUUUUUUUCCUAGUAAAAGAGCAGCUUGGAUCUGAUAUGGCACAAUUCAGAGGGGGCUGCAUUGAAGAGACAGGGUGAUUACUCACUGGCAUAUCUCUUCAGGCCCACUGGAUAUCUAGAUAACACCUUCUGAUUCAGAAUAUAAACGCUGAUGCUGAUGUUAGAAAAUGAGUGGAAGCCUUUUGUACUUGUACAUAUAUCACCAAAAGAAGCUCUCUACUUUGUUUUGCUCCCAGGUCAGGUUCUUCCUAUUCUGACACCCCCACCUUUCUGUCAGAGUGUCCCACUAGACUGCCUGUUAGCUUGCAACCCACAUAAUUAGACAUUAAACAGCUUGGGCUGCCUUACAUUUUCUUUAGUUUCCAGAACAGCAAGUGUAAUUACUUUUUAAAAUUUCAGUAACCUUUUUUUGUAUCUUUUUACACUUUCUAUUUUUAUAGCUAUAAAGGCAUUCUUAUCUCAGGAUAAUGCUGUCAAAGCAGCAUAUUUCAAAUUUGCUAUUUUAUUCUUUUUCCUAAACAACAAACUAAAAAUAUCACUGCCUUGGAUGUGUUUGACAAUCUGGUGAAUCAAGUUUAAGGAUUAAUUCCAUUUAAAUAAUUGCACUUUUUCAAUUUCAUCCCUAAAUAUCAUGCUUCAUUUUUCGACUGGAGUUAAGCAAAAUCUUACUUCUGUAGGCAGGAACUUAUUUCUGUUGUUAUUUAGAAGAUGUGCAAGUUUAAUUGUGUAUAUGCUUAUUUUACCCCAGUAACUUCAUGGAGCAAAAAGUGCAGUCAAACUGGUGAUAUUUGCUCAGAGAAGUCACAUGUAGAAAACUAACCACAAAGUAGUGUAGAAAUAGUACACACAUAAGUGCACCUUUAGAGAGGGUUUCUGAAUAUCAGUGAACAAUCCAUACAAAUCAGUUGUGCUGCACUUAUUGUAUGUAUUAGAUGACUGUCUCCAAGGUGCCAGUGAAUUCUUCCCACUGAAAGCACAUUCCAUUUUGGGUUGAUAUAUUUCGUUCUCGUGCAUGCACAAAGACAAACACUGCAGUACUGUGUCAAGCACAAUGCAUUCAGGAACUGAUCAUUCCGGUGGAUAUGAUGCUGCUGGAAAUGAAUGGCAACAUUUAUUUGCCACCUGCUCAGGAUCUCUCUGUCUGUCUAUGCAGCAGAGCUCCUAGUGGCCUGCACAAUUUCUUAUAAAAGAACAACAUCUCCCCACUGCCUUACCUGUACAGAGAAUAUAAUAGCGGUUGAAAAAAAGUGGAAGCCUAAAUGCUUAAAGGAAGGAAGAGGUUCCUCAUAAGGUUUUUCUAUGCUUUGGUAGUUUGGGAAUGUUGCAUUAAGGGACUGAACGCUUCAUUUUACUACUCAUGGUAUUGCUAGCACUGAAAAGAAAAAAAAAUCUCCACAGUUUAUGUGGUGAAAAAAUGCUGGUCCACAGUAAUUUGGAAACACGUUUAAAAAGUAACCCGAGCAAUGCAGCAGGAAGGGCAGAUCGCAAAUCUAGACUCCAUGUUUUUACCAAUCUAUAAAUGAUCAGCAGUAAAAAGUGUACAUGUGCUGAUUACAGCGUGAACAUCUGAUUUCAUGGUUUUCCUAAAGUGAAAACCUUAUUUCUAGCUCUGCUAUUCCACAACUGAAGAUAGAAAGAGUUAAAUGAAGGGUGUUCUUGUUUGAGAUGUGAUUUUACUUUAUUGCUGUUCAGCAAACUUAAUGUUAGAAUAUCCCCAAAUUCACAGUGUCUGUUUACUUGUAUAAGAUAGUGUCUGUUUUAAGGUGGGGGCAUUACAGUAGUGUAUAUUAUUUGUGGUUACUGUAGAGAGAGCUACAACUUCUUACUAGCUUCAGUGGAGGGAGCAGCUCCAUCUACACGGAUUACUGUUUUCAUAUUGUUAACCUUUAUUGAAAGGGGGGACAUUCACAUCGAUACCUUCUGGAACUUACUGCAUGUAUUUACUCCUACCUUCUGGGUUCAUUAAAAGGCCCCUAGGUUUAAUGUUGCAAAAUUGGUUUUCCUCCUCGCCUCCUCCCAAUAAAGAGAUUUUUAUUUCUGCAAAUGAAAAGAGCAGGUUGAGAUCUAGCCACUGCAAAGAAAUUUCAGCCCAGAUCUUUUGAUAUAACACUGCUUGCUCUGUAAAAUGCCAGGGCAGUAUUUUGAAGGUAACUUGCUCUCCUUAUUGUUUGAAGAGCUGCUGGUUUCUGGUCUAUGACUGUGAUUGAGCCAACAAACAAAUAUUGGUCAUUGCAUCUGUACUCCUGAGAGUGAAUAGAAGCAAUACUGAUCAUAGGAAUUUUUGUAGAACAAAAAGACUGGAUUCUUUAAUAUUUUCUAUACAGGUAUCUCUUAUACUGGCAGAUUAGGUCUUGAGAGAAAUGUUUGUUGCAUCAUUUGUAAGAAAAUCACUUUGUACAGCGUUUUUAUAACUGAAAUAGACUGAUACAAAAGAAGCAGAUUUGAUUGCAAGAGUCAGAUUUUUUGUGACACUGACAGUUGUGAGUCAAAACUGGACUUGUCUUCAGAAGCAAUAUAUUUCACUGAAUGCCAGCAUUUUUAAAUAUGGAGAAACAAAGGACUGGAAUGGAGAAAAACUUUUCUUUUCCUGCUGGCUGUUUUCUGAUGCAAUUCUCUUCCUGCCUAAAUAUUCAGGUGUAUAUUUCCUCCUGUCAAGGAUGCUUUCCAUUAAAACACAACAGAUAUUCCAAACCAUAAAUCCUUUUUUGGUCACACUUCAAUGUAUAACAUCUAUUUUGCCCCUUAGUAAGAGCCAGUAUAGAUCUACAAAUAGCAAACUGCAUACUCUGCUAUCCCAGAACAAAACCAGUUUUUCAUUUUUUCCCCCAAGUCUGCAGAAGGAUUGCGUCACUAAUGUCACAUAAUGAAAAUACACUACACCAUACUAUAAUGGAUGGACAGACAGACAGACAUUACAUUUCCAGGAAUAGUAUCUGUAUAUUUUAUCUACCCAUAUAAUGGAGAGAGAUUCCAGACACAUGCAUAAAAGUAAACAGGGAGGAGAGAAACUUAAAUGUGGCUUGUUGCAGUAAAAAAAAGGGUAAAUUAUGCUUAUGUCAGGGAAUGGACUAGUUGGAAUCCAGAUUCCCACAGCAGGUGCACCCGUCUUGGCUUUCCCCGGCUUUCAACUGCUCAGCAGGACAGUGAAAUUUCUGACAGUGAAGUCUUCCUUGCUAGCCCCGCUAAACAAACUAAGAGGGAGGCCUAAUAGGGCCACAAGGAAUCCUGGGAUCUUUUCUGUGUGCAUGUUGGACACGUUUUUGAGGUGGGCAAUAUUUAUGGGGUUAGGAGCCUUUGAAAUUUCAGAAGGGUCGCAGGAGGCCAUCCAAAAAGUAGGUGAAAAUUACACCAAUGAAGUUCAGCCAUGCUUUUGUUGAAUUUUAGUGGCAGGAUCAUGGAGUGGUGCUGAGGGCACAUGAAUUGCCCCCCCCCAUUUUAAAUGGUGGCUGUGGGCUCACAAUGCACAUGCCCACAAUGAAGGCAAAGGUUGCUGCUCUUGUCCCUCUCUCCCUCCAGUUUGCCAGGGUCAAGUGUGGGCAUUGCACCCUCUAGCCAGUCAUCUUGUGCUUGGUGAUUGUCAGGCCCAGCCCAAGAAACAGUAAUGAAACAGUCCAGUCGAGUUCAGUUCCUUUACGUGCUUACACCUCAAAGACAGGAUCUUGCCAGACUAAAUCUAUCCUACUGCAACUAGCGGAUAUACCCUGGGAAAUUCUAGGGAGUGGCUGUCCUGAACCUCUUUCGCUUC